AUGGAGGCUAUUUUCACAUACAAUGAUCAUCCCUCCUCAGUUGCAAGAGUCGUUAUUCGACAAUCAAGAAACAAUAAUGAUAUUAUUAAUCCUUUAGCCGUUCAAUUUCAAAACUUAAGCAUCAACAACCAUAAUAAUAAUACUCAUAUUACUAAUUUACCCACUUUAGCCAUUUACUUUCACCUUCAUACUCAUGACACAUAUUGGUAUAGACCUUCACAUCAUGAGAGUUUACAAUUUCAAGGACAACAAACUCAUAUCAAAUCACGUACUCUCAAUCUUGACCCUUCAGAAUACAUGUCAUAUGGUAUGUUCUACUCUUUCAUGCUAGCACAUCUACUCGACGACGAAUGGGGUGAGGAGUCUGAUCGUAAUUAUCGUUACGUUGUCAUCCAUGAUAUGAUUAGUACAUUGAGGGAAUUUGCUGAUCAUGAGUCUAACAAGGGUCGUCAGAAGUUGAAGGUGUUCGUUGGUGUAACUGUGACCGUUCACCAUCAUCUUGAUGAGAGAAUUUUGUUUGAAGAGUCGUCAAACAAUAGGAUGAUACCAGCAAGCAAGUCAUCAAUGCAGUUGCUAAAGAGAAUGGAAGUUGAUGGAAGUAUUAUGAUGAAUGAGGACUGUGUGAUUUGUUUAGAAGAUCUUGGAAAGAAGCAGAGAGAAUUGUUGUGCAUGCCUUGCUCACACAUCUUUCAUGGAGAUUGCAUUACAAAAUGGUUAGAGAAUGGUCAUUGUUGCCCCAUUUGCCGCUAUCAAAUGCCAACCAAAUAG